AUGGGAAAAAAUAAAAAGUCAUAAGUCUAUCAUCCUCAUAUAUCAUAAGUUAAAAGAUAAAAGUAAGAUGAAAAUGCACCAGCCUUUCCAGUUCAUAAGAAAAAAUCCUCCAACAAAAAGUAGGGCUCAUCUAUAAGCAAGCUUUUGGAAAACAAUAUGGAAGUCACAAUAAUUGAUUACACAGGUUAAGAUGUGAAAAUAGACGCCUAAGAUAAGUAUACUGAGCUUGUUCAAGACAAUUUAAGCUUCGAUUUUAAUUCCAAAGAAGUUUUCAACCCUGAUAGCAAUUGCACUGAAGUUGCCUAUAAACUAUGGAACUGGUUUCUUAAUCCAUUAUCAAUGGAGACCUUUAAAAAUGAAAUAGUUAAUAGAUAAAAAGCAUUAGUCAUUUAGAGAAGCGGUAAGGGCUUCACAUUUGAUUAAUAAGACCCUGAAGACAAUAUUAUCUCACUUAAAAUGAUAAAUGAAUACUUGAAAAUUGAAAUUGAGUAAAAGACUAUUGAGUAUGGAAAGCAUAUUGAUCUUAUUAGGUAUGUAAAUAGCAAAUAAUUCCUAAUGAAUUAGGGUGAAAUAGUGGAGUAGGACUACUUAGAUGAUUUUCUUAAAUGCCAAAGAGGAGUUAUGAGAUUGAAUAAAGCUCAUGAAUUUUCCAUCAGUUUAGCUAAGGUGAUGAGUUUAACUGAUGAAAUCAUGUCUUCAGAUGUCUCUUGCGAGGUCUACAUGUAGAAUUAUCUAAAUAAUGAUUCUUAAAAGAAAAAUCAACUCAGUCAAGUUAAAACUAGUAAUUUUGAUUAGUACAUCUUGGUAAUUGAUGGUGAAAUUAGAUUUAGAUUUGUAAACAGUUAAGAUCACUCAAAUACUUUAUGGAAAGGUACACUAAAGAAGGGUGACUUCGUUUAUAUCCCUAAAAAUACAAGCUAUCAAACUAAAACUGUUCUAGAUGAAGAUGAGGAUGAAGAGAGCUCAAAUGGGCACUCAUUAUAUCUAGUACUAAGUCAUACAAACUAAUAAUCCUGGUUGAGCGUGAUAGAUAAUGCUAUGAAAUGUAUGAGUUAAAGAUAGUUAGCUUAAAAGCAGUUUGUUAACAACCUGCCAAUAGAUAUCUAUGAGAGGGAAAGGUUCAAUGAUAAUUUUAAGGAGUACUGUAGUAUGAUCGAUUAAUUAAGUUAGACUUUGAAAAAUAAAGAGUAAUUUGAGAAACUAUUGCAUAAAAAUAGAGUAAAAUAUCUAAUAAAUAGGUAAGCACCUUAAGAAAUGAUUCAGCCAAAUGAAACUGAAGAAGGAGAAGAAGAGGAAGAAGUAGACGGGGAUGAGUCUAUGAAUGAAGAAAAAUUCGAGGAGAUCAAGAAAAAAGCAUAAGAGGCUCAGAAAAAUUAAAAGCAAGGUUAAUAAUAGCAGCAAUAGACAACAAUAGAAAAAGAUGAUCAAGAUUUUAGUGAAGUUAAAAUCUGCUCUAGAAAUGGAGCAUUUUUGAGGUAAAAGCACAAUACAAAGGAUAACACAAAGAAAAAUUUCCUAUAUUUUGCGACUUAAAACACAAGAGUAAGAGGUGAAACACCAAAAUAAAGGAUGGAGGUUCCUGAUUAAUAUGCUUAGCAUUUAGAGACAAUAGUCAAAAGCUAUCCAAAUUAUGUUAAAAUCUCAAAUCUUAAGACUGAGGACAAAGAAGGUCUACUUGCAUUCCUAAAUGAGUUAGCCUACUUACAAGUUCUAAUUGUUAAUUGA